CCAGAUCCUUUAGCCAAAUUUCCAACAUUUCAAAAAUUUGAGCGAAAUGGGCUGAGUUGCACUUUAUCUUGCAAGAGAGUCAGAGACCUGGCUCCAGAGACACUGGAAUGGGCUAUUGAGCUCUGUUCAAGAAACAUGAAAGCAAUGUAUGAAAAAAGCAGUGCAGGCUGGCACGCAUGGGAGAAGAGAGAGGAAAUGAGUGAGGAUGCUGCCUGGUAUCUCAUUGCCUACGACACAAACACACAGAAGCCCAUUGCUUUCUCACACUUCCGAUUUGACAUGGAUUAUGGAGACGAAGUUUUAUAUUGCUAUGAGUUGCAGCUCGAGAAGGAAUACCAAAAGAAAGGACUGGGGAAGUUCAUGAUGCAGGUUCUGGAGCUCAUGGCAUUCUCCAACCAGAUGAUGAAAGUUGUGUUGACUGUUUUUAAGCAUAAUCCAGAUGCAAUGGCUUUCUAUGAAAAGUGCAAAUAUGAGGUUGACGAGACUUCUCCAGAAGAUAACUUUGAGGAAACCUUUGAUUACAGUAUCCUAAGUAAAAUGAACAAAAUGAAGCCAACACAGAAGACCUCUCUUUGAACUUGACUAAAACUUAGAUCUGAUUUUUUGUUAACCUAAUAAGGGCAUUAAAGAGACAUCAGAAAAAUUGUAGUCUUUUAUCGUCCGUGAAUAUGGACAUCUUUUUAGGAAGUAAUAGCAAAAAUUGUAUUACACAUUCCACAUCCAAUCCACCAUUUAAAGAAUGUGCAAGAAAUGUUAAUGUUUUCUUAUAUUAAUGAAAAUUUUAGUUAAAUUUUUAAA